AGUUAGGCCAUUGUUUACAUCAUGGCGUCGGUGGAGCCGAAACGCGAUUCUAAAUUGCGGAGAGAGUCUGUUCUCGAGGUCGUCAAGAAGCACGGUUAUGACCGCAAGCUGUCUAUGGUGCCAGAGUCUGGUGUACUCUUGGACGUAGCUGAUGUUGCACCAUCUCCCUGUCGUGACUACUGUCAGAUAAUGGUCACAAGAACUGAGGUGAUAUUCCGAUGGUGGAAGAUAUCGUCGAGAAAUGAUGCCAGGGUGAAUCCAGGCGAGAUCCGGGAAUGCCAUGAAGACUUCCUAUUCGAUGAAAGGUGCCAAAGCGAGAUCCACCGAGUAUUCGGUGAAAGGAUGGAAGAAUACGUGAAAAAUUUAUGUAAAGGUCACAUUGACUAUCUUCCCCGUAUUCCAACCAAAGCCCUGGUUCACAUCUGCACCUUUCUGGACCUUCAAGACAUCGCCAGACUCUGCAGGGUCUCGAAGCAGUUCAGAGAGCUCGGCAACAGCGAUGAAUUAUGGGAGAAGAUCUACCGUCUUAAUUGUGGUCAGCCAAUCACACCAGAAUUGAGGGCCCUCGCUGACGAUCAGGGAUGGAAAAAGUUGUUCUUCACCAACAAAAUACAAUUACAGAUGCAGCUGAGAAGAAAAGCUACGAAGCGUCAUUAAACGAUGGCUCGAUGCAUGACCAGCUCUUCCUAUUUCUAGUUCAGACAAGAGGUGCUGUGACUGAAACCAAGAACACACGCAACUUCCAAUCAAUUCCAAGGCAAUCAAUCCAACAUUUAGAACGAUUCCACCAACGAUGACGUCAAUGGGACCAAAAACCAGAACUAUUUUCAAAGGGGGAUCCACGAAUUAAAAACAGCUAUAAUCAUUCCAUUCUAUUUUGAAAGGGGGAUCCAAGGUUUAAAAUCAGCUAUAAACAUUCUUUAUCAAACAACUGAGCUCUAUUCAUAUGAUAUGUGUUGAAAACACAAUACAGUUGUAAGAAUAUGCUACAUUUCUUCAAAAUUAGGGUUUGCCCGUAAGCUUGCCAAAUUUUUGUAAAUACCCCCACAAUGCUCUGCAUUGAAAGUUUCAACAUAUAUUUUCCAAAAUAGUAUGUCUCCAACACAGUACAGUGUGCUGAAGUAAUUCCGUCUAAGGUUGUAUUAUCAGUUCAAGUCAGGUGUGGUGGCUCUUUGAGGCAAGACCACCAUUGAUUUUUUAAGUCUUUUAGCAGUUCAAUUGUCAAUGUUCGACCGCGACGCAUCAAAUACUGCGUGGUGUUGUGAAUCUGAAAUUUUUAUAUGAUAUUCCGGACAGUCGGGCAAGUAAAUGGUUAAAAGUAAACUGGUAGUUGACCACAGAAAUUUUUUGAUAAUCGACAAAUUGGUUAGACAUUGAUAUUUCCACUCUUUUCAGCCAACUGGCAGAAAAAUCUCAAAAUAUGCCCCCUAUUACCAAAUUAGCAAAAUUCGAAAUUAAUUUUUUCAUCAAAUAAUUCCUUUAUAUCUGUAGACUUGCCACAGCAAAUAUUUGUUCAAUACCUCUCCAAAUAUGUACUUGAGAGUUAAAAACAUGCACUCGUCUAAUUGAUAGGCCUGGACCCUCCAACCUAUGAAUAUUCAUUGGUGGUAUUGUCUCUUCUUUGAAAGGUUGAUCAUAGGUGCUGCCAUUUUGGUCAGAACUUGAAAUCCGAAAGCAAUCACAACUCCUUCAAAAUGAAAUGAAUGUCAUUUCAAGGGUGGGAGUAGUAUGUUCUCUUGAAAUUAAAGUUGUGACUCCCACCCUUGAAAUUGGCAUUCACCUGAGUUUGAUUGUUUUAGGAUUUCAAGUUUGAACCAAAAUGCUGGUUCCUAUGGUCAACCAUGGAAGAUGUGUACUGUAAUAAAUAUUUUUGGAAAGCAAGAAAUAUAUGGUUGCACAGCUGGAUAAUCAUCAGUGUUGUUUACUGUGCGAUAUCAAGAGUUAAUAAAGAAUAGUCUUUAUCAAGUCUUGGUGAUAUUUAUACAAUCUAGCUAGAGAGAAUUAGCAUUUCUAAUGACAGCGUUUGUGAAUUCCUUUUUGUUUUGAACAAAGUUCAGUUUGUUGUUAAUAAAAGAAAAUUCAUGUGCCUUUAGCUUAUAUCAGUAGUGUAUUAGAUGCAGUAUCCAUCUGUCCUAUCGCCCCAUACAUCCUUUAUGCACCGAGCUUAUGGAUAGUAUAGGUUUGUUUUUCUUUUCGCUCUUAUAAGAAUUUAGAUGAUGAAGUACUGUAUAUUAUUUGUGCAUCGGAAUUCAGAAUAGACUAUAUUUUAACUGCCAUAUAGAUUAUUCUUGUGCAAGUAUCAUAAGAGUAUGUGCUGUAAGAAUAACAUGUAGAUAAGUGCCUUGUUAAUAGACUGUGUCGACACUAUAUAGCUGGUUGAGGUGCAUCUGUUACACAUACAUGUAGGCCUAUUACGGAUAAGAUAUGCUUUUUGUACAGGCGCCCUUAAAGGCCAACGCCGUACGUAAUCACUUGUGGUCCAGUUAAAUAGAAAUCCACUAAUACACAAUGCCUUAGUGCAGUUAUUGUAAAUACAAAUUUGUUUAAACUUGGUAUUCAUAGUAUUUGUAUAUCAGUCUACACAACGGCAAUGUUGAAAUUUAUAUUUAGUAUGUAUUUUCGCAAUUGGGCAUUUUUAAAUUCAAUUACAAAUUCAAAAUUUUUAACGAACGGCGUUAGCCUUUAAACUAGCUAAAUAUCGUCCACACUGUAUAUUUGUUUGUUUGUGUUUGUGUUUUGUUAAUUUGAAAACAUAAAAAUGUCGAUUAGAUAACUUCAUCAUCAUCAUAUCAUUCAUGAUAUCGAACUAUUUUUGAAUAUUUUUUGUAUUGGAAUGUCAGUGAGAUAUACCUACCUACACCGUCCAUUUUGUAGUUUUAGUUUCAUAUGAUGUCUGUUGAUUUCAGGAGUGGAUGCAGGAGCCAGAAAAACAGCAUUUCUCAUUAAAAUUUCUGAUGAGUUCCAAAGUUUCAUGGUGAAAUUCUACAAUUGAUAAAUAGGGGGGAGGCAUGUGUCUAUACAUGCUUCCCGAAAUUGGUGGCUUGCAUUGGAACUAACGUUUUCCCCCUUGUCCGUCAUCAAAGGCAUUCAAGUGUGUUGGUCAACCAUGACUAUCUCCUUUGUCCCUCCACCAUAAGGCCUAGUUUCCUCUUAUGACAUCACUAUUUCGGACACUCAGCGCCCCAUUUCUGGAAAGGUGUAUAAAUGCGUCUUGGACCCACACCUGGAUUGACUACAAAAUUCAAAACCAAAUAUUUUAUACCAGUAGUGAAAAAAACUUUCUUUAAAGAAAAUAACUUCAGGCCUAUGUUGUAGUUUGUUGAUUAUAAUUUAAAGUGUUUUGAAUAAAGCUCCGUCCAAAGUCA